AUGCCAAAGGGGUCCUCCUGUCCUUGCCUAAUUUUCAUCUUUUUUGGUGUUUCUUUUUCUCUUUCGGCACAACCUUGUCCGCACCUGAUAAAUAUAUGUUUUGCAAUAUUAACACAAUUAUUCAACAGUAGUAAUCAAAGUUGGAGCUUAAUUGUUUUUAUUGCCGUUCAUUUAUCUCUAUUAUUCAGCAUAUUAGAAUUAAUUGUAUGGGCAUUUUCUAAACUGACAUCAUUCAAUAAAAAAAUUUAUAAAAAAUUUUUAAAUAGCCAAUCUGGGCAAGCCAAUAAUUAUAGAUUAAACGAACGAUAUCAGCAAUUAGAAAAUGUUUACACUGGAAAACAAUUGGCACCCUCAUUUUUCCUCCAUUUUAUUAAUAUUUUGUGUUCAAAUAUUCUUGUAACUGUUACAAAUUAUUAUGUAAUACCUGUAGAAUUUUUUAUUGAUACAAUUUGUUUUUUUCUUCUGAUCCACGCAUUUUGUAAAUUAUUCAUUGAAGUGACCGUGAUAACGUAA